UCGAUAAACGCGCAGCUUUUGUUAAAUUUGGGCAUAUAAGUAUCAAAAGUUACGGAAUGCUAUUUGAGGUUUAGUACAACCAGGUACGUUGCAGAAUCGCAAGACGAGUGUUUCUACGCUGGCGAUAUGUUAUUUUUUUUAAAGGACUCCCAGGAAACGCUGAAAAAUACACAUAAAGGACCACAUAAGAAUUACUAUAUGAAAUUCGCGAUUGAGCUGCUAUCGUAAUAUAGAUAUCUUUUCCUUCUGUAAUUCAGUUGAACGAUCCACUCUGUACUAUAUUUUCUGGCGCAAACAACUUGAGUACAUCAUCGCGCAAGAAAUAUAUCAGUGACGUCAUAUGCGCCGGCGCUUCGCUUACUCCGCUAGUGAAGGUGGUAGACGAAAGAAUAUGGUGAAAGUUGUGCAGCGAGCUUUUAGCAAGAGUUGUUAUGCGCUCCUAUGCAAUGUUCAGCAGCGAUUGGUACAUUAAUGAAGCUUCCUGGAGAUGCGGAGAUCAGCUGCUCAUCUUAAUUCGUAAAUAAUCGGACAAAGCACGCGAAAAGUGCGACAAUCCACAACAAUGUACGACGACGAGCUAACCAACGACGCGACUCGGAUAAUGAAGGAUCUUAGCCUGUUCGAGGUCCCGCCGCCGGAGCAGUUCUCGAAAGCAGCAACGACGCCGAAACGUGGUGAUACGUCUGCAGGUGAGGAUUUCGAGAAAAAACGCGAAAUAUACGCGAACUUGAACUUCAACAGCAAGUCCUUCUCGGACUUUGCUCUUGCAAAUGAUCACGAGUAUGGGCGCAUUCUUUCGCGCACGUCGGCGGCAUCAAGCAGUAGUUACGUUGCUGCAGAUGUACUCGGUAGCCCCAAGCGGUAUGUGCCUCCAGGGAAACGUCCGCCCGGAGCGAUCGAGAGCCUUAUAAUAUCUGGGCAAGCGCCUGAUGCCAAAGACCCGCCAGUGUACGCCAAGAUUGACCGUUCCAGCGUAAUCGCAGCGUCUAAGUUUGCCACUCCGAAGGCUCCGGUAGCAGAGACUACAAACGGGCCUCCACCCCCAGACUACCCUCGUUGGAUCGUAGGAUCUAAGCCUUCACCAAAACUACUUGGACAAGACAGUGUACAUUCCAGCCCUCGCAGUAGCCUCAGCUCAUCCAGCAGGGAAUCGCAGCAUUCCAAUUCUUCCCCGCGAGAUAGUGUUACAGGACCUAUAUACGAAAACAUACAGCACUCUGCAAGAUCAUCAGAGACAACACGCCCACCUGUGAGCUCAACGUCUCUUCUUAACGACUACCUUCUUCAGCACAGACAGAGUCCACGGUCAUCCGUUAGUUCACAAGACUCCAAGCAUUCGAGCCCUCGAGCAAGCCUUGUACACAAUGAGCCGCCACCUUAUCCACAUUCCAGGCCCCCUCCCGAGUAUCCCAUUUAUGCUAAUCUCCAGGAACUUGGAGUUCAAACAUCAAAUGUGGCUAGUUACCCUACGACAUCGCCAUCGGAGUCAACGCACCACCUUCCACCACCACCUUCUGUCUUGUCCUCUCAAUACACAGGCAACGGUGUCAUCCGGCCAAGUGCACAGAAACCAAUUGCUUAUAGCCAGCAUCAGAUGGCUUAUAACAGCAGCAUUCCAACAAAUUACAGCACACCAGUUGCAGCAUACAUGUCUUGUGCCACAGACCCAUCUUUCAGCACUGGUCCACAAUAUACAACAGCUGCUUUGCCUGUCACAUCACUCGGAGAGAGGCACCCAACGGUAUAUCACAUGACCAGCCGUCCUUGCGAUGUUGGAACACUGCAGCAGAAGCCGCAGAUUGCUUGUCCUCAAGUUCAUUUUGCAGCGGCAACGCAACAUCAAAGUCUUCCUCCUCCUCCUCCAUAUCCAGGAUAUAAGCCCAACACGCUCAAUACAAAAACGCUACUUCCCUAUAAUGUUACGCCACCACGUCCCAAGGGACCAACAGAGGCGGAAAAGAAAAUCGAAGCACUUAUGAAGCAAAUUGAAGAUGAGCUCGAGCACAAUCCACCAGAAGGGGAAUUUUUCGGUGUUUGUCAUACUUGUGGGGAAAAGGUCACAGGUGCUGGGCAGGCUUGCCAGGCCAUGGGAAACCUCUACCACACAAAUUGCUUUAUUUGCUGUUCCUGCGGGCGAGCACUCAGGGGCAAAGCAUUUUACAACGUCCACGGGAAAGUAUACUGUGAAGAGGACUAUCUUUAUUCUGGUUUCCAGCAGACAGCGGAAAAAUGUGCUGUCUGUGGGCACCUCAUUAUGGAAAUGAUUCUUCAAGCCAUGGGCAAAUCCUACCAUCCUGGGUGCUUCAGGUGCUGUGUGUGCAAUGAAUGCCUUGAUGGUGUACCCUUUACCAUUGACAUGGACAACAAGAUCUACUGUGUCAAUGACUAUCACAAGAUGUUUGCACCUAAAUGUGCAGCCUGUAGCAAAGCUAUCACUCCUGUGGAGGGAACCGAAGAGACAGUUCGUGUAGUAUCUAUGGAUAAGGAUUUCCAUGUUGACUGUUAUGUAUGUGAGGACUGCAACAUGCAACUAACUGAUGAACCUGACAAACGGUGCUAUCCUCUGGACAGCCACUUGUUAUGCCACGAUUGUCACGUGCGCCGUCUUGAAAGCAUGAGUCAGUCAUCAGCAUUAGGCCUUGCCCACUCCAUACAGGGUGCCCAAGCACAAAUAGUUUGGAAUGGAGCUCAACUACAUUAAUAUUGGAAAUAUUAACUCUUAGGGCUGGUCCUUUAUAAGAAUGGUGACAUCUACAUAGAAAGUCAGGGCUACACAUCCUGACACUCAAAUGCUGCAGUGCCAACUCUAUCCAGGAGCUCUUAUGGGUGCUUGAGGUGAAUGAUUGUGUAUCUUUGUGUGGCUGAGGAAGGUGUACAGCAGGUUUGCCUUAGAGAACGACGCAAGAAAGGAAGAAACACAAUACUUUUUAUUGUACACAUGAGUCCGUACUACCCCUGACACACAGGCACCUGAAAGGCCUUUCAAGAGGACACCUAUCCAAAUGGUGUUUUUGUCCACUGAUACUCGACAUCUGAGAAUCUCCUUUUCUCCUUUUUUCUCUCUUUGAGGAGGUUAUCUCCUUUGUGUCUGAAAAGGAGUAGCCUCGAAUGCAGAGCAGGCUGAUGAUUUGGAUCUCACAAAUACUCCAGACUGAAACACUGAAGAUUAAAUUUUUAUGAAUCGCUAAAACAGUUUCGUAAACUUAUUAGAGCCUCAUUACGCCUAAUAUGAGCAAGUUUUAAUUGAAUACGCUUGUACAGAUGUCAUCAGUAUCCACAGCGUUUCCAGCUGGACUGGACGGCGCUGAAGGCUUCUGCUAUUAAUUAUAUACUUUGUUGUCAGAUACACCCACGGAACUAUUUCCAUAAAAUGCACACAUAUCUAGCAAUUCAAAAUAUACUGCUUAAUAAUGUGUUGUAUUGCCAGUAUGCGUUGUAUUUCUUCUGGUAUGUGCUGAGAAUAACGGUUUAGGGAGAUCAGCAGUGCCAUGUGUCUGUGGCGAAAACUCCUUUCAAUAAGGAAUCUUUCAAAGUUGCAAAGGACCCCUACUGUAAAGGAGUUCUGGCCUGCCCGUGUGUCAAGGGUAUGAGCCUUGCAUAGUCUCUUUCCUCAGCUACUGUUAGGCAUAUUUAUGCAGCUGGCUGCAUUGUGCAUAGGGUUUGCAUGUGUUCAUGUGGAUGGCGUAGCAGGCCAAAACAGUGGGAUGAGAAAAAGAGCUAUACAGCAAAUAAAGAAAAGUUGUUAUGUCUUAUGAUUCCUAA